AUGGCACCCUGGACGGCUGCGUUGGAGCGGCUGCGGGAGACGGUGAGCACGGGGCGAGCAGUGCCAGCUGAGUUCCGUAGGACGCAGCUGCAGGGCCUGGAACGCUUCCUGAAUGAGAACAGGCAGCUGCUGCAGGAGGCUCUGGCUGAAGACCUGCACAAGUCCGACUUUGAAUCCGACAUCUCCGAGCUCCUCUUGUGCCGGAACGAGGUGGCUUUUGCCCUGAGGAACCUGAACACUUGGAUCAAGGAUGAGCCCGUGGCCAAGAAUUUGCUCCUGCAGCUCAGCUCUACUUUCAUCCGCAAGGAGCCCUACGGCCUGGUGCUCAUCAUGGGGCCCUGGAACUACCCCAUCAACCUCACGCUGGUGCCCCUGGUGGGUGCGUUGGCCGCAGGGAACUGCGUGGUGCUGAAGCCAUCAGAAAUAAGCAGAAGCGUUGAGAGGGUUCUGGCCCAGCUGCUGCCUCGGUAUCUGGACCCGAGCUGCUUCACAGUGGUGUUGGGAGGCCCCCAGGAGACGGGGCGGCUGCUGGAGGAGAAAUUCGACUACAUCUUCUUCACGGGGAGCCCGCGCGUGGGCAGGAUGGUCAUGAGCGCGGCCGCCAAGCACCUGACCCCCGUCACGCUGGAACUGGGGGGCAAGAACCCCUGCUACGUGCACGACGACUGCGACCCCCAGACCACGGCCAACCGCGUGGCCCUCUUCCGCUUCUUCAACGCGGGCCAGACGUGCGUGGCCCCCGACUACGUGCUCUGCAGCCGGGAGAUGCGGGAGCGGCUGCUGCCCGCCCUGCAAAGGGCCAUCACCCGCUUCUUCGGCGCCGACCCCCAGGUCUCCCCCGAUCUGGGCCGCAUCGUCAGCGACCGGCACUUCCAGCGGCUGCAGGGCCUGCUGCGCUGCGGGCAAGUGGCCAUCGGCGGCCAGAGCGACCCCCGGGACCGCUACAUCGCCCCCACGGUGCUGGUGGACGUGCAGGAGACGGAGCCGGUGAUGCAGGAGGAGAUCUUCGGGCCCAUCCUGCCCAUCGUCACGGUGGGCGGCAUGGGCGAGGCCGUCGAGUUCAUCCGGCGGCGGGAGAAGCCGCUGGCCCUGUACGCCUUCUCCCGGGACAGCCAGGUGAUCCACAAGGUCCUGGAUCGCACCAGCAGCGGCAGCUUCACCAGCAACGACGGCUUCGUGUUCUUGUCUCAGAUGACCCUACCCUUCGGGGGCAUCGGCAACAGCGGCAUGGGCAGGUACCACGGCAAGUUCUCCUUCGACACCUUCUCACACUUCCGCUCCUGUGUGCUGUCCUCGCACCACUUGGAGCAGCUGAACCAGGUCCGCUACCCGCCCGUAGGGCCCUGGUCCAGGAAACUGAUAACCUGGGCAGUGGAGUUUCCAAACUGCACCAUCCAGUGA